AUAUAAAGUUAAAAAAUCUAGAAUUAAUAAACAAUACCAAUAAAAUACAAGCAAAAAGGAAAGCAAAACUAUCAACCAUAUUUCCUCACCUUCAUUAUUCUUUAAUUUCUCAGCUAAGUUUGAGAAUUCUCAUCAUAUAUGGAAUUCAGAUCCAAAUCAUGCAGAGAUGAGAGUUUACAAAUUGAGAGCUAUACUGAUGGAAGGGUAGCUCCAACUAGCAUGCAAGAUCUGAGAUGUUACAGUACAAAUUAUGCUUAUGAGGUUAGUAAUAAGGAAAUGAAGAUUGAAAAAGGGGAAAGAACAUUUGGAAAAACAUCAAAAAAUUGGAGCUUUAUUAAUGAUCCAGAGUUGCAGAGAAAGAAAAGAGUAGCUGGGUAUAAAGUGUAUGAUGUUGAAGGGAAAAUGAAAGGUACUUUCAAGAAGAGUUUCAGGUGGAUCAAGAACACAUGCAGAUGGUGGUGAUUCAUUAAUUGAUGGGUAUAUAAUUAUUUAUAUACUAUAUAGUCUAUAGUAUUUUUUUUUUAUGUUUUUGUUGUGCUGUGAUUUACCUGUUCUAAUUUGGAUUCUAAAUCUAUCUAAGUUGGAUUUAAUUUAUACAUUUUCGAUAUAAAAAGUUUUUAUA